AAAAUUAGUUAUAGUGGAACCAUCGAGGAGUACACUACAGCACACUUGAAACAACUUAGAGUUUUUCUAUUAAUUGAUUGAUUAAUUAUAGAUAAGUAAGAUCAUGAAGAUUGAAAUACGUGUUGAGAAAAGCACAGAUGAGCUCACUAAAGCUUCUUAUAAGAUAAAAUAUAGUAAUUUCACGGCCGCUCUUAUUAUCUUAUGUCAUGCGUUGAUAGGGUGUGCUGUGGUAAUCAUCGUCGAGAAUUUAGAUCCCGAAAGAGUUUGCUCACUAUGUGGAACAAUCAUAGGUAUAUCUAUAUAUUCUUUUAUAACGAUAAUAUCAUAUGCUCCAUGUGGGAAUAUAGUAGACUGGGGAAAUAGAUGCAAAAUUCUCCGUAUUUUCGGCAUAAAAUACAUAAUUCUGGCUGUACUGUCACUUUUAACUCUGUACACGUGGUCGUUGAGACCCGAAGAAGAUUUGAUAAUACCCAAUGAAUGGAACUGCUCAUUACAACAGUUAAUAAGAAGCACGACAAUUAGUUUUGCUGCUGUAUCAAUUUUUAUUACAUCGCUAUUUUGGGUACGCCGUCAAGUUAAAGUAGUUAAGAUUUUGAUGCUACUUUUAAUGUUCAUUUCUAAUAAGGAUUCUGUAGAAUGCUCUCGAUGUCAAGCUGAGAUUCCAUUUGACUUGAUAAAAACCGUAUAAUAAACCAAGUCUAUUUUGAUUUAAUAAUGUUUUCUAUUUUUGUAUCUCGACUAAGUAAGCCAAUAUAUUC